AUGGAGCAGCAGAUCCAAGAGCUCGUGGUCAGACGUAUUCAAUACAUUGAAUAUGUUCGGAGAGUCCACUCCGGAUCUCUAUACUGGCUCAACUCGGUACAUCUGUCAAGGGACGACAUCGAGGCCAUGCACUACGACAACAACGCCGCCCAGCAUCUCUUCUGUCUAGGGGCAUCUCUGCCGCACAUGAUUGUUUCCAACACGACUCAGCAGAGCUACCUACGCUCGUUUCUGGCUUUAAUGAAGGAGUUCGAGACAUUCUCGUCCGCCGAGACCACAAAGCAUCGACUCUCAGGCGUGGGACGGUUCUUCCGGGCCAAGACCAAGAACGACAAGAGUGAAGAGUCCUCAGCGCCUGUGGAGUUCACACAUCUCACAAUAUACAGACUACCGUUCGUACCAGACAUGUACGAGACCUUUGGGUCAGUAUGUGCCAUCCUAGUGGAUGCAUACUCCAAGAUCCUGGAGCUGCCAGGAAAGGCCCCUGAUAGCUACGAGAUGCUGCUAAGACUAGAUGAGCGCGUGAAAAGAGGAGUGCUGGAUGCAUUUGUCAAGGACGUUGACGCAAUGUCAAAAAAUGUUGUGAGAGACGAGGCCAUGAAGAUCGAGUCUCUUUUGGUCAACAUUUGA